AUGUACAAAACAACACCAUUGAGCAUCUGUUCAAAUACUCAGAAAAGGAAUAGGAAACUUGGCUGGUCACCUGUUAAAAGUACCCCUGUAAAGAGUCCCCCAAAGAAGAAAAGCAGAGAAGGACCAUGGACCGAUGAUCAAGAUCGUAGUCUUAUUGAAUUUGUGACUCUCCAUACAGAUCUGCAAACUAGUAACAGUGAAUGGCCAUCCAUGAGAUCAGACCAUGUGUAUUGGAUUAAAGCAGCAGAAUAUAUUCAGAUGAUAGAUGGUUCCACUCGCAGUGCUACAUCAUGCAGAUCCAGGAUAGUUAAUAAACUCAGAACAACAUAUUCAACAAUUUCAGAAGCUGAAGAUGCUUACAGUUGUGAUUAUGAGGACAUCAGGGAGGUCAGUUAUGACUCUGGAUUCCUGGAACCCGAGAACAUUACCAGUUUAUCACCUGCAAGUGACGUCAUUGAAAAAGUAUUAUUCAAAUCUCUCCAAAGAUUAGAUGUUCAACAAUCAACAGAACUUAUUAAACAGUUCUUUCAGCAGAAUUCUGAGAUGAAUAAGAACACUUUGCCUAAUUCAUUACUACAAGAGGACAACUUAUUAAACAUCUACCACAUUUUUGAUAAUAGUGAUACCAUUACAGCAUGCCAGAGAAAUGAGAUGGUAUUAAAAAACUUUGUUAAAGUAUCAAGUUCAGACAAACUAUGUCUUCUAGACACACUUUUUAAAACUGUAUGUGCUGAAAAUGGUAUUAAACAACCACCAGAGAAAUUUCCAAGCCUAUCACUGAAAUCAAUGGAUAUACUGCAGAAGAAAGAGAAACCAAAUGUGCUACUAGAUUUUGCCAAAUGUCUCGGCACCACAAGACCAGAAUCUGAUAGUCCACUUAUGCCAGUUGACAGGAUGCCCUUUGGUUUGAUUCAGUAUCAGUUGCAGUUUUUCAGUAAUUCAAAUACAAAGAAGGUAUUUAUCUUAAUUAAAUUUUCGUACAUGAAUUGUUUAAAUAGAAGAUGUUAA